AUGCCUCCUCAAGUCUACUGGCUCGUAGAAUGCAUUCGCCUUAGCUACUACUUCCGCAGCGACAAAGUCCACACUGCCUUGGCCUACAAGCCCCAGCCCGAUGACGUCUUCAUCGUAAGCUAUCUUAAAUGUGGAGCAACCUGGGUACGCCAACUCUUGUUCGCCAUCUUCACGGACGGCGCUCCUCCGAGGGGUAUAUUCGAGCUACUUCGAAGCACACCCUUCCUAGAAUCCAGCGGAGCAGAGGACAUAAAGAACAUGCCCAGACAGAGAGCCAUCAGUGCGCACUUCGGCUUCGGCAAGCACCCUUACUCGAAAGACUCCAAGUAUAUAUAUAUCGCAAGGAACCCCUACGAUUGCUGCGGCUCCUACUACUACCAUACCAAGAGCUUCCCGGCUUAUUUUUUCCAAGAAGGUACCUUCGACGAGUUCUUCGAGACGUUUGUCGGGGGACAAGUCGAGUUCGGGGACUAA